AUGACACAGGGGCAGCACAGCCAUGCAGAUGAGGCGAUGCCUGCCACACCCAGCUUCUUCACCAAGAUGGUCAACGCCACCGCGGUCCAGGCCUUCUGGGAGCUGCCCAGCAAGCCGGGCAAGGUGGAGGGCUUCAAGCUGUACCACCGCAGGGUGCCGCAGCCCGACUUCCAGGGACCCCACGUCCUGCCCGGCAACACCAACUCCUUCAUCCUCAGCCAGCUGGGUCAGAAUCUGCUCCUCAAUGACGGUGGCGAGACGGCGUGCAACUGCCGGCAGGAGAGCGAGGGCUCCAUGGCGGGCAUCGUGGUGGGCAUCCACAUCGCCAUGGCCUGCAUCAUCUUCUGCGUGCUCUUCCUCAUGUUCGGGUACCGCCGCAGCCUGUUCUGCCGAAAGGGGACCCAGGACAGCUGGUCGGUCCCCCGGGGGGCAGACGGAGAGGGACCCCUGGCCCAGCAGAGCAGCAUGCACAAGGAAGGGGUCACCUGCAACACUGAAGCCAUCGAACUAGUGCCUCAGCAGAACCGGGACUGUUCCCCGCAGGUGCCGGGGGGAGGGCCGUCUCAGUGCCAGGUCCUCAUCGAGCAGCACCAGGCCGGCCAGACUGGCGCCAGCACAGGAGCGGGCACUGGCUAGCACACGGUGCCAGCCUCCAACUCCCCACCCUCCUCUCCCACACAGCCUGCUGCGGUUCCCCCCCUCCCCCAGCCCUGGCCAUGCUGCUGCUGCUGGGGAUCGCCUUACUCUUCCGCCCCCGAUGCAGAGGGGUCACCGAUGCCCCCUGCAGUAGCGCCUGCAUGGGGGAGAAAAAGAACCGAUGUCUUCCUUAUGUCUGAGCCCCACUCCAAAACACAAAGCCUUAUUAUAGACUAGUGGCUAUAUAUUUCUAUACAGAUCCUGAAUGAUCGCCUUAGGACCAGAUUGGCGUCUGUGUAUUUCCCAGGCGCGCACUGCGAAACGCUCGGAGUUCGCCCCAGUCCUUACUGCCAUCUAAGGCGUCAACAGCGCAGGCCAGCGCUUCCUGCGCCACAAGCGGAAGCGCUUUCACAGGAAAAAUGCCGCCUGCAGCCUUAGCCAUUUGUUAUUCGGCCUAGUUUGGGAAAUUCUGUCUCUCGCCACGCUAGCCUUGGGGCAGGUAUUUUGGAGGAACCGCAGGACACGCCUAUACCCCCCCGCCCCCCCACCUCCCCCAAAACAAACUUUUACCUCACCCAAAGAGAGCUACCUCACCUCGACGAGAAUGUCCAAGCCAAAGCAGUUUCAGGGCUCCUUGCGGGCGAUUUCGGGGAACGAAACCCCUGCAGGGAAAACUACCUCAACCACCCAUAGUCCUUUUCCUGAGGCCAUUACCACCCCACCCCCCACCGUGUGCCAACGCCAGUGUCCCGCGCCAGCCUGCCAGCGGCCUCGGAGUCCCGCCCGACUGCAUCGCCCUGGACCAGAGCCCCUCUCUCCUUGCCUUGACCUCCGGAGUGACCAGGGGAACCGCCAGUCCGCUCCGUCCCUUCAGCACCUGGGGCUGAUCAGAACCCGCAUCGGUGCUCAACAGCGGAUUUUCAAGCCCCGCGAUUUCCAUCCUGCUGACGAUGCCCUUUGGCAACGCGAGGAGUGGACUCACUUCCGCUCACGGAUGAGAAGCAGGAGGCAGGGUACUUGAGCCCCCAAACUGAAAAGGGUGCCCCAUGAAUUCAGAUUGAUUUCUCUGCUGCUAGAUAUGUUGCCCCCCCCCGUCACUGUCAUUUAUUAUUCCAUGUGGUCAGUGACAGAGCUCAGUUUAGGCUAAAAACCCCAGGGAUGGCUUUCCUGCCAGAGUCUUUCCCCUGCUGCCGUGACACCCUUACCCACCAUCAUCGCAGACACGGCGCCCCCCUUCUGACCAGAGAGAGGGAGAGAGAAAACGGAUGCAGACGAAGCUAUAUAUAGACAUACACCUGUGCUCAUCAAGAGCUGCAUCCUGCGUCACCCGCAGUGUGUCCUUUUGUGAGCCGGCUUCGUGCGGGCCAGCCCACCCAGCCUGAGCCAGCUCAAACCUGCCGAUUCGUCACGAAGGCUCGUUUUGAAAUGUUGGACCUGAGGAAAUUUAAGCUUUAAUGUGUUCGGGCCCUUUCAGAACGGUCUUUACGCACCCCCCUCCCCCCGACAGGAAAAAAAAAAAAGGAGAGGAUGAAAAUGUGAAAAUGGGAGAACGAUGACGUUCUUCCACCGUGAAGAAGGUUUGAUUUUCCUCACCUUGGACGAUGGAGUCGCGGGGCUUUUAUACGAAAAGGGAAGGAGGCUCCGCCCCCGCCAUGACCCCAAGCCGAGCCGAUUGGUGGGCGCCUCCCCGUCGCCGUGGGAACCCCUUGUUGCCGUGAGUACGCGGCAAUGGCGGGUGGCUGCGUCACUGCUCCCGUGGAAGGAUCCCAGUCUGUGACCCUACCCAAAUAUUUUGUAUGGAAACCAAGCUGAAUUAUAUCCAAAGAUGUAGAAUUUAAAUGGCUUUCCUUUUUCAACUAUUUCUGCCAUAUUUUAAAAGAUAUUUUUUUCCUUUUUCUAGAAAUCCAUAUUCCACUUCCUGUCUUGAAAGGUUGCCGUUAUUACACAGCCGAAUAAAAAGCACGGGGAUAUGUAACGUGCUGUUUAUGUGCCAAAGCCAAUAUAUAUAAAAAUAUAUUUUCCUGUCAAAAGUUAUGAAAGAAAAUUAAGAGUGAUAAUAACAUAUUUCCGACGGCAUUUUGUUCACAUUCUCGCUUUUAAGACAUGGAAUGACGGAGCGUUUUCUUUCUUAAACUACGUUUAACUUUUAAGAGAAGAGUAGAAUUUGAAAAUGGGAUAUAUUUUCAAGGAGAUUUUCUAUGACGUUACAAAGUGUUCUUCUAUGGAUUACUUUCUCUUUCUAAAGGUAGAGCUGAAAUUUGCCAAAAAAAAAAAGCUGCCAGAAAAUGACCAAAUACUUCUCGCAUAUUUUAACAUUCAUAGUCUUUACUUUUCCUCGACACUUACUCAUGACCAAAGCACAGCAAUGCGUGUGUGCGUUGAGAGAGAGCACACACUGUAUGAGUGUGUGUUCUGUGGUUGCUGACAGCUGUUUAAACCUUGAACACAGCAGGGAAAUCGCAGCCACAAAAACACCGCCACAGACAGAUUCAUAAUUCUCCGUGGCAGUUUAAACUUCCCUCUUCCAAAACAUCUGCAUCUGCUUUCAGGAAAUGGAUAUGUCAGAAUGCAAAAGUAGCUAUAGGUUAAACCAUGCAAAAUUCAGAUUAAUUUACUAAAACAAUGAAUACCUUGGGGCCUGUGGAGAGUGCAGAAUGGUUUUAGCAGAGCUCCGGGCUAUUGUGAUUGAUCUUAAAUUAGAUUAGCUAAACAUCGUCAACCCAUUGAGCUUAUAGGAGUACAGAUGGGAUUCAGAGAGAACACAGACUGGACAGUCCUGCCUCACUCUGACUGAAUUUUGAAAAUAACCAAAAUAGGGAAGAUGAAAAAUUGGGAAGCUGCCUAAAAGAGGAAAGAAAAUAAAAUCCAAUUUGUCUCCAGAGGAUUCCUGUCCCUGCUGUCUUCAGAGUUGAAUUAAACCCUAAUGAGUGUUAAAGGUUAACCCAGCACACUACAGCCUGACAUUUACAGAACUCCUGUGGCUCUUUUACCGAAGUGAAGCGAAAUGAAACCAAAAGAAAGAGUUGUGUUGUGUUUUUGUGACGGGAGAAGUACUUUAGCUGAAACUUAGCGGCUAAACGGAGUACCCUUGUGUACUUUUGUUUCACUGUUCUUUUUUUCUAGAACUCCUUUUUUCCCCACCAUUUGUUCUUCCCGUUGCAGGAUGGGAAACGUUGCCAAAACUGAGAUGUUCAUUUUUUUGUUAAAUGUUGUAAUAAUUAUUAUUAUUGUUGUUAUUCGUAUUGCUUUUGAAUUUCUCUUGAUUUUUUUUUUACCUCUAUAAGGAAUAGAGACUUUUUGUUUUGUAGCAGCUACAGAAUAAUGUGAAGAUGUUGAUUAGGGGUUUACAAAAUGAACAGUGGGUUUUUUUGGUAAAAAAAAAAUUAGGGGAGGGGUGAAUUACUUCAAUAUAUUGGAGCUGGAAACAAGACCAAAAACUUAUACUCACUCAGUUGUGUGGCUGACACCUUUACAAUGCUGUUGUUUUCAAUGAAUUCCAUGUAUAUAGCGCCUUUCAUCCCAAAGGAUCUUUAAAGUGCUUUGCGUGUAGGAGGGGACCCACUUCAACCCCCCACUCCAGUGGAGCCCCACCUGGGUGACACCGGGCAGCUGUUCUGCACCGGGAACCUCACUGCUCAGCAGAUCAGGGGCAGUUCGAAACUGUUGCCCCAGCCUAGUCUUGCCAAGAAACUUUGAGAGCCCAUGAGAUCGGUCUGGGCAAGAUCAUCCCCUCAUCCUUUAUUGUGCCACACGUUUCCAGAGGCCUUUGUCAAAGAAAGCCUUCUGGCCAAACUAUUGCCACUUUGCUUAGUCCGCCCAAUCCAAAGAGAUGCACUGAACUUGAAGCCAUAAGACUAUAAGCCAUAAUUUCAGCCUGUAUGUCAGAUACCUCAACACUAAAGUCUCCUCCGCCUCUCUGACAGGAAGAUCUUCUCAGGUUUCUCCCCCCCAGUGCGAGUGACACUUUCUGGCGCGUGUCUGUUGGAAACGACCCCGGUGCUGUAUCUCCUCCCAGAGCCCUGCAAGGCCUGUGCGCUACCACAGCCUGCAGAGCCACUGAGAAAGGCCCUGCCGUUAAAGACAGCAAGCCAAGACAACACUUCUCCUCGCCCCACGCGCGAGAUCUUGAAACAGUGAACCCACAGCCGCCAAACAAAAUACACAGAGGGAAGGGAAACCAGCCGGAUGAGUUUGACAGGCGGGGUCAGUGCUUUUCUGGAUCCGAGCAUGUGCAGUGCAAGCUCUGGAAGAAGACGGGUUAAAAUAAUAAGGAAAAUCAUUUGUUUCCCAUUCCUUGGUUGAUUAAUUCUGAAAAGCAUUCUGAUGUCCUUAUGUUAGUCAGCGGGACAAAGCAGAUGACUGAUGUAUUUGGCUGGCUUUUCCUCAAAGCCUCUUACAGAGGUUAUUUUCUUUUUAUGGUGUAACCUUUUGGUAGCGGUUGGAUGCAGGCUGGAGCACACAGAGUGAGGCACCGUGCUCAGUGAUACAGCACCAGUGUCUCUCCAGCUGGGAUAUGAGCCUGCAAUCCUUUGGGUCAAAGCCCAGAAUCCUAUCCGCUUCUCCACACAGAAAGCGGACAGGAACGAUCUCAUUUAUAGGCAAGGGAAAUAAAGAAAGGCGUCUAUAGACACAUUUUCUGUUCAAAUACUACGGCACAGUUGUGCUUGGUUUUUUCAUCCCCUCCGUUUGCCAAUCAAACCCACUGGUUAGAAAAAAAGAAAAAUGUAAGAUGUAGUGAACUAGAGACUGAACGCUAGUACCAAUGAGACAUGAAAAUGCUUUAACACAUUUGUUUUUCCUUUUCCAAACCAUCCAUAUUUUUUUUUGUCUGUGACACCAACUAAACGAAAGCUUUAAUGUGUUCUUGAAACUGGCAGUGUGUCUCCCGGUGAGGAAGAGGGCUAACAGGCAGUGUCUGAUGGAAUAAGGCCGCAAUCAUAGGCAGAAACCUACAUACGGGUGGUAGAGUAUGGGAUGUUGGUGUCAGAAGUGGGAUCUUCCACUGUCGGUGCUCGGUCUUGCCAUUAGACAAGCAAUAGAGAACAGAAAACCAGAACAAAAAGAAACUGCAUGCAUUUUUCUUUUCCUAAAAAGAGCACAUAUUCUUUUUAGGAAAGUACUUCUGUAUCUCUUUUAACAAUGAGUACACCUCAGGGGGCAAUUUGGUCAUAGAUGAGUCACGACUGAUGAUGAUAUACUGUAGCUACUCAGUAGGCUAAAUCAAAUUUCCAGGAUCUGAUACUUUUUCAAAGCAUGGGGCAAAGGGGGAAGAUUCACUCAUUAUUAUACAGCUUUUGUUUGGCAGUUGUCUGCUUCAUGAUCAUUCAUCACAGUUAAUUCGUUUUCAAUUCCCGUUCCAGCAACUCAUUAUGUAUUGAGCUCAUGUAGGCCUGAUCCUUCUCGUAUACUUCUUGGUUACUUUCAGAAAAGCAUAUCCCAGAGCUCUCUUCAAUAGGAAAGGGAUCACUUCAAAGAAUUACAAGAAACACAAAAUAUGCUUUUUUGUGAAGCCAUGCUCUUCAUAAAAGAGUUAAUUGAAAAAGCAACCUAUAGAGUGCUCCUCUAAAAAGUCCACAAAGCUGAUUCAUUUCCUCUUUUAAAAUAUAACAGGCAGUAAGAGAAUACUUUCAACUCUUUAUACCCCUGAACGAGUUGCAUUAUAUAGUGAAGGUGAUUGCAGAAUAGCAGUGUAAUGUUACAGUAGAGACAGUUGCAUCGGUCAGUAUCACAAACACAAAGGAAAAUCGAUUGCACUUCAUGAACAGUGUCACACUGAGACGAGAACAGGCAAUUGGCCUUCCUCUCUGCUUUCAGCUCGUCAGGAGUGUCGGCUCCCACAAGCUCUGUGCAACCAAGGCCCCGUUACAGUUUCAAAACAGAGAACAGCUCGUAUUAACCGGACGGCACCUUCCUGCUGCCAUGACCAAAAUUCCUAAAAAAAGAAAUGUCUCUGUUCUUAUCCUCUUGUGUUCAGGGUCUGUCUGAUAUAAUAUCAGACUGGAAAAACUGCCGCCUCAUCCCACUCCAUACUCCAGACGUUUCUGUUUGGGA